UAUGAAUUGUGCUGUCAAACGAUUUUUAGAUAUGAAACUCUUUUGUGUUGGAAAAGAGAUAGAAAAAGCUCCUUUUUUAUUAUCUAAAAAAAUUGAUAUGAUAUAAUUUGCAACAGUUAAAAGAAAUAAAAUAAAAAGAGUAAUGAGGAGUGAAUCAAACUCACUUAAUUAAUCUGAUAAAAAAUAAGAUCUCAGAAUUAUUAUUGAUAAAAAAGACAGAAUUUCUAUUCAUGAUGUUAUUUCUCAUUGUGAUAAAAGUGAAAUCAUUAAAAAGAAUAUCAGAAAUUAUGAUGAAAUCAAUAUUGAGAACAUUACAACUAUUUAAGAUAGAAAUAUCUAAAGACAUUAAAGUGUAUAAAAACAUACUGAACCUUCCACCUAAAGAUAACAAUUCCCUAGUAUCUACAAGAAUUCAUCAAAUGUUUUAUACAAAGUUCUUAAAUCACGUAAUCAAUUCAUUAAUUAAACUAUAUCUAAUUACAUCAAAGAAUUAUAAGAUAAAGGAAUUUAAAUAUCAUGA